AUGCAAGACCCCCGCGAAAUCGCACUACAAGCACAACACGACCACCACUCACACAACAACGCGAUCCACGUCGCCUUCGCGCGCCUCUACGCGUGCGCCGUGCCCACGCCGCGCGUCGCCGCAUACUACGACAGCCGCCUGCCGGCCGUGCAGGCGUGGGCUGCGGCCAGGAUCGCGCGGGAGAAUGAGCCGGGGCGGGGCGGGGAACGGGGCGGUGAUGGUGGGGGUGGGGAUUGGGAUGGGGGAGAGGAUGAUGGUGGAGGGGAGGAUGGUGGUGGGGAUAAUGGUGAUGGAGAGCAGGCGCAGGUGACGAAAGAGGCGGGGGUGGAGGAGAAAGAAAAGACAAAGGAGAAGACGAAGGAGAAGGGGAAUGAGAAUAAGAAAGAAAGGACAAAAGCGGGCGCAAAAGAGAAGGAGAAGGAGAAAGCGAACACGAACACGAAGACUGUCCUCGGGAAGCGUAAAGCCCCCGCCGCCACUGCACCCCCGCCGCGGCGGCAACCAGCACAACCGCCACCCGCCCAACGCGCUCAAAACAGCGCCGCACAGAAGUCGAGCGCCCCCUCAUCAGCAACGGCCACUCCACCUCUCUCCCUUCCAUCCCCCCCUCUACUACUACCACCUCCACCACCACCGCCGCUGCCGCCGCCCCCGCGCCUCUGCGCGUAA